AUGGCGAAUCCUUGUUUCUUUGAGAUUAUUGUGGAAGUGCCCUACGUAGGAUUUGGGGAGUUGAAUAAAAAUCCCGUUGAAGGAUUUUCGGCAGGAUUGAUUGAUGAGAACGACAUAUUUCGAUGGGAAGUUCUCAUAAUAGGACCUCCGGAUACUCUCUAUGAAGGAGGGUUCUUUAAAGCGCAUUUGUAUUUUCCGAAAGAAUACCCCUUACGUCCCCCACGAAUGAAGUUCGUGACAGAAAUUUGGCAUCCUAACAUUGAAAAGAACGGAGAUGUAUGUAUUUCUAUUUUACAUGAGCCUGGCGAUGAUAAAUGGGGUUACGAAAAGGCAUCGGAACGUUGGUUACCAGUACACACCGUUGAAACGAUAUUGAUAUCUGUGAUAUCAAUGCUGGCUGAUCCAAAUGAUGAAUCUCCAGCUAAUGUUGAUGCUGCUAAGGAGUGGAGAGAGUCGUAUCCGGAUUUUAAAAGAAAAGUAGCUAGAUGCGUAAGGAAAAGCCAAGAGGAAUGUUCAUAGAGAUUUGCAGUUUUUUUUAUAUUUAUAAACAAUUUGGUUCAUUAAAAUCAAUUAUUUAAUUUUUGUCACUUAAAUAGAUAUCUUUUUAGUGACGCCAUUUGCAAAAUUAAACAACUGUCUACAUUUUUAAA